GAGACGACCGAACAAGUAAUCAAUCGAUUGCGGUCAUCAGCCAGAGCUCCCGGUCAGCGCAGCAAUCUUGCGUUGGCAUACAACCUCUGCCGCGCCAAGAUUCAGCACCUUGAUGGGCUGUCGCGGGACGAGCAAACGCCCCGUGCUCCAGCCUCGAUCCACGCCGCCGCUCAUCACCAGAAGCGCAAGCGCGUGAAUGCAGCAGUCACCAGCACCGCCACAACGACUUCCCUGACCACAAUGGCCAUCGACUCCUCCCCACCCGCAGCCGAGGCUGCACACCCGCACCUCCCGCGCCAUGCGUUCGUGACCAUCGGCGCCACGGCCGGCUUCCGCAGUCUGCUGGAGCAAGUACUCCGGCCCGAGUUCCUGCGUUGGAUGCGAGCGUACGGUUUCGCGCGCAUGACGGUGCAGUGCGGCUCCGACCUUGACUGGUUCCGCUCGAGCCUGGCAGCCGCCGAUACCUGCGGCGUCGAGGUCGAGUGCUUCCGGUACACGACCAGCAUGCGCGACUACAUACUGCCGUGCCGGCCAGUCGAGGGCGUUGCCAACGCCGGGAUCGUGAUAUGCCAUGCUGGAGCCGGAACAGUAGUCGAUGUCUCGCGCUGCGGGGUCCCAUUUGUCGUCGUCCCCAACGAAGGUCUCAUGGAUAAUCACCAGGCCGAGCUCGCCGCGCACCUCGACAAGGAGAGGUGGGCUGUGGCCGCGAAGCCCGAUGCUUUGCCACAAGCUAUCAGAAGGGCACAUGAGCAAGCGUACGCCGGCGGCCUUGCGCCACAGCCGUCGGAGUCCGGCGCCGUCGGCGAGGACGCCGGUUUCCCGCCUCCGGAGCACGAGCGCAUCACCCUGCUGGACUGGAUGACGCUCUCGUGCUACGACGAGCAGAUAUCCUCAACUGCGCUGGGUCGGUCCUCGGCAUCGGACAUGUCGUCUGAGAACAAGAACCGUUUGGCGACACAUCCUCAUGCGAGGCACGUGUCUUGA